CCGGGCGAGCUUCCUCCCCGUUUUCUUCCUUCCAAUCCGUUUCCCCGCCACGCCCGUUCCUCCUCCCUCCCCGCGACAGUUUCUCACCGGCCUCCCCCCGCCCACCCUGCGGGUCGGAGAGUCGUGUAUGUGCGGCAACAACAUGUCUGCCCCGCUGCCAGCCAUCGUCCCGGCCGCCAGAAAGGCCACCGCCGCGGUCAUAUUUCUUCAUGGAUUAGGAGAUACAGGGCAUGGGUGGGCAGAAGCAUUUGCUGGAAUCAGAAGCCCCACACAUAAGUAUAUUUGCCCACAUGCGCCAGUUAUGCCAGUUUCUUUAAACAUGAACAUGGCUAUGCCUUCUUGGUUUGAUAUCUUGGCUCUCUCAGAUUCACAGGAAGAUGAAGCUGGGAUUAAGCAAGCAUCAGAGAAUGUGAAAGCACUUAUUGAGCAAGAAGUAAGGAAUGGAAAUACCCUCAAACGAAAUUUGGGAGGAUUUUCUCAGGGAGGAGCUUUAUCAUUGUACACAGCUCUCACAACAAAUCAGAAGCUGGGGGGUAUUGUAGCACUCAGCUGUUGGCUUCCGCUGCGGACCUCAUUUCCACAGGGUCCUAUCAACUGUGUCAACAGAGACAUUCCCAUUUUCCAGUGCCAUGGUGACUGCGAUCCUUUAGUUCCGCUUAUGUUUGGUUCCGUCACUUCUCAGACACUAAAGACAAUGUUAAAUCCUGGCAACAUAAGUUUUAAAACUUAUUCGGGCAUGAUGCAUAGCUCGAGUAUUGAGGAAAUGAUGGAUGUGAAGCAGUUUAUUGACAAGCAACUACCUCCAAUUGACUGAAACUGUGUGAGAAACCUUUUGUUAAAUGCACCAGCAGCAGUUGUCACCUGUACUAAAUUGUUCCUUUUCAUGCA